AUGGCGCGGCCCAUGGAGUUCACCUCCAUGGCGCGAGCGCCCGCGCGGGUGCGGCUGACGCCGCGGGCGUCGCGCGUGCCGCGCGCCACGGAGGAGGAGAAUAGUUGGACCUUGAGGCAGAAACACUGGAAGAACAUCAAGGACCAGCUGGCGGCCCAAGCCGCGCAGAAGGUCGCGCAGCAACGGGAGAAGCCCCUCACGCUCAUCGGCGGGGGGGAGAAGCCGUUCCUGCCGCCGCUGCCGGCGUCGCUGGAGCGCGCGCAGCUGCCGGCCAAGGAGGUCGAGCAGAUCCAGUCCACGUACCAUUGGAGGCCCUGCCAGAUCCGGGAGCAUUGCUACGCGGCGGAUUUGCCCGGGCACACCUUAGGGACCUACGUCAAUACCAUGAGCUUCACCCUGCCGAAGGAAACCUUACAGGCCCGGGGCCUGGCCCUGGAGCGUGUCUUGGUGAGCAGGCAUGGGGAGCGGGAGCGGUUGAUCAAGGACCAGCUCACGCAGGAGGAGUCUGAGGGCGGCGGCCCACCGCUGACGGCGCGGGGCGCCGCCGACGCGGCGGCCGUGGGCCGCGCGCUGCGGCAGCGGUACGUGCGGCCGGGCGGCUGCAGCCAACGGUGCCUGGGCGGAGAGGUCGGCGCCACCGGGAACUACCAGCCCGGAGAGGUCCACUGCGAGAGCAGCGCCCUGGCGCGGACGCUGCAGAGCGCCUACGCCUUGCAGGAGGGGCUCUUCCCCGGCGGCUCCGUGGCAGAGGCUGCCCCGGCCGUGCCGCUGCCGGUGUACAGCCGGCCGACAGGAGAAGAUUUCAUCCUGCGUGGCUACACGAAAUGCUCAGUGCAGGCUCAGAAGUUGAAAGAUUGGUAUUCCUCCCCAGAGUUCCAGGCCAAGGCAACGGACACCAAAGCGUUCCGAAGCCAAAUGGCCGAAGCGCUAGGCCGCGUGAAUGUGACGGAGGAUGGCACGGCAGCGCCCCUGGCGGACUGGUGGAACGUCUAUGACGAGCUCGCGGUGGCAGCACAGGCGCCGAGCGGCGGCCCGGUGAACGGCAGCCAGCUGCAGCAGGCCGAGCGCCUGGCGGCGUGGCUGGAAGCGAAGAAGUUUAGUCCGCAAAUCGCAGGCACUAGCUGUGGUGGAGCCUUGCUCAGUGCCAUUGGCGAGCAGCUGGACUUGUCAAAAGAUCCGAAGCUACGGCUGGUGCACUACAGUGCCCACUAUGCCACCAUGCUGUGCCUCAUGUCCGCCUUGGGGGUCCCAGCUUCCAGCAACGAGAGCUCCUGGAUUUUCAGCGAGCUCUUGGGGCUCAGCAGUCUGUUGGCCUUCGAACUGGAGGAACUGCCAACGGGAGAGAUGGUCAUCGGACUCCACUACUGGCCAGGCAGCGAUAGCUUCAGCAGUAGCUGGAGAACAGUCGAGCUUCCAUGCGUCUCUGGCAAGUGCACCGAGAAGCAGUUCCAGUCCCUGGUCUCUGUUGGGGGGCAACCGAGUCGAACAGCUUGGUGCGAGGCCUGCCAGAGCUUCCAGCUCCCCCUCUGUGCGGCCCCGGCGCCGCGCGGCCGGCUGGCGCAUCAGAGGUGGGACCUACCGGCCUUUGCCUUUGUCUUCCUGGGCAUCGGCCUAGCCGCCCUGGGCGCUGCCGGCUGCUACGCCUUCCGCCGCAGCUGGCGGAGCUGCUUCUUCUCCGAGGAGGAGUCCCGCAGCAUGAUGGCCGACCGCGGCACGGGCAACGCGAUCGGUGCGUGCAGUCCAGCGCCUUCGCUCUGA